AUGGAAGAUAGCGGAAGUGACGGGAAUACAGAGGUGUCCACGAGCAAUGCGUUUGAUAUGAGUCGAUGGAGUUGUAUGCGAAAAACGCUGGACCCGAUCAGCUUUAUGGUGGUCAACAUAAAGUUGAGAUACGAGGAUGACACCUCCUUACUCGAAUCGGAGGCCAGAAAGAUUGGAGCCGUCAUUCAAAACAUUCACACUUACCGGAUGCCGUGCGGAGAAGGCCGGUACUUCCAAACAUUCUCCGCUCAUAAAGAAAAUGCGGAAAAAAUCAAAAGUUCAAUAAUAGCGACAGACGCUCAACCGUUCUUCUUCUAUGCGAUGGGUUGCGGGAAUCUGUUCAAACUCGUGACGUACAGCACCAAGUUGACGAGAAGUCGUGAAAUGUACAAGACAGUGAGGGAUAAAUUGGACGCUCAAGAAACAGUGCGAGAAAUUCUCAGCUGCCCAGGACUCGUCGAUGAGUUCAAACAGCAUUUGAAUCUUCUUGGACAGGCAUGGUGA